AUUUAUAGACAUUAUGUUUUGAUAUUUCGGGAUGGUCCUCUCGUUUUAGUUUAUCUCAAAUGUGUAUAUAUUUUAUAGCAAUUUCGAAACUUUAAAUUUCAGAGAUGGCAAUGCGCAGACGUCAAACCAUACUAAACAGAGCUAUUACUCCGGAUAAAAUUCUACAAAAAUUAUUAGCAGAACGCGGUGCAUCUCCUGAAGAAGAUGAUGAUAAUGAUGACGUUAGUUUUGUUGAUAAUAAGCCAAAAGUGUUUAUACCAAGACUACGUUUCACCGAUGAUCAAUUAAGGGAUAUGAAGUAUACAUUUGAGUUGCUUGACGAAGAAUGCAAAGGAUUACUUCGCGAAAAUCAUCUUCGAGUUGCACUACGUGCUUUGGGAUUUGAGCCGAAGAAGGAUGAUAUAAAACAAAUGAUUGCUGUAAUAAAUGAAGAUGGUACUGAACGCAUAUCAUUUAACGAUUUUGUAAAAUUAAUGGAAAUGAAAAUGGGUGAAAAAGAUACUGAAACGGAGUUGCGUAAAUCUUUUCGUUUAUUUUGUGGUAGUGGAGAAAGUACACUCACCCUUGACGAUCUCAAGCGUGUUUCAUUCCAAUUGAAGGAGAACUUAAAUGAAGAGCAGUUAACCGAAAUGUUUGAGCAUGCUGAUGUUGAUGGAAAUGGCAAAAUUAAUGAGGACGAUUUUGUAAAACUCGUACUGGGUACAGUCUUAUAUCCUGUAUAAUGUACGAUAUUUUAUACUUUUAUAAAAUA